UGUCGUUAGCUGCGUCCUAUCCAAAGCUAAGGACGUAACAGAAUCGGUCCUGCGCCUGAUAUCUGUGACGCUAUUGCGGCGGAUCUCAGAGCUCGAGCUCGGAACGGCAGCGGGAGAGAAGUCAUCGCUUCUCCUGCUGCGUUUAGCACACUGCGUAGGGUUACAGCAGGUUAGGCCUGGAACCAGCUGUUAUUUAAGAUGAACCCUUAUGACUGAAAGUGACCCCAUUCAGUAAGCUGUCAGCUUCCAGUGGUCACAGCCAUGCCUGAAGAUUAGAGCCUCUUUUUGCUUACAGCAAUACAAAUAUAGAAGAUUCUACAUGAUUCUUCAUGUAGACCUUCCUGUGUUUGUCCUGCUGUAUUGAAUCCACCCUCCGGUACAUUAGUAUAAGUUCUCUCCCUUUCAUAUACCACUCCCCCAUGUCCAACUGGGAACAUGCAACUGCAUCGAAUGGCUCCAACCUAGUCUCAUGCAUCCAGUGAGUGGAGAGUCAGACGGCCCUGCCCCUGAAAGUGUAUCACGGGCCUUCCCUUCGUCUGGCCCUGUGCCUUCCUCAGAGAUGUCUUCGCUGCAGUCACUUGGGCCAGUGCAGAGCUGGCUGGGUCAGGAGCUGGAGAAAUGUGGCAUAGAUGCAGUGAUCUAUACCCGCUACGUCCUUAGCCUGCUGCUGCACGACAGCUAUGACUAUGACCUGCAGGACCAGGAAAAUGACAUCUUCCUGGGCUGGGAGAAGGGAGCGGGAAAGAAAUGGGGGAAGAGCAAGAGGAAGGGAGGGACUGACCUUAGUCUGGAAGAGAUGAAGAAACAAGCUGCUGUGCAAUGUUUGCGUUCAGCAUCUGAUGAAAAUUCUGGAAUUGAAAGCUUGGUUGAGGAACUUUGCUCCAAACUCAAGGAGAUUCAAAACAAACAGAAAGAAAAAGAAAAGCAAGGAAAUAAAAAGACGGAUAUAUCUCAGUCUCCUGAGCUGGAUGAAUCACCUUCCUCCAAGGACCAGGUUGAGAUGUACUAUGAAGCUUUUCCACCUCUCUCUGAAAAACCUGUUUCCUGUCUCCAAGAAAUUAUGACCGUGUGGAACAAAGCAAAAGCCUGCACGUAUUCCAGCUCAUCAUCUGCUGUCCCUCAAACAAGCACAGAUACAUCCUCCCCAAAAGACUGCACUAGCGAAGGUGAAGCUUUUAAGGACCGAACACUCGAAGCACCCAGCUCCACUCUAACCAGCGAGAGGGCCCAGCAGCGACGCACUAAGAGGGAGAAGGAGAACCGAUUCUAUGGUAGCGCAACAUCAGUGGCAGAUGAUCAGGUUACUUCUCAAAGUAAGAAGCAGGCCAGACACCGGACCGAGGGUAGGUUCCGUCCCAGAUCGUGGUCCUCUGGCUCUAGUGAGGCUGGCUCAAGCUCCAGUGGCAACCAGGGUGACCAGAACUCUAGUUGCAAAGCAGUCCGCAUUAGACACAAGUCUCGAGAGGUCAGCAGCAGAAACAAAAGAGGGCGCAGUGGUGGACAGGUCAAACUGGCUUUAAAAGUGAUCGACAAAGAGGAGAGGAAAAAUGCACGUCGCAGCAUAAGCACCACUGGAGGCCCGCAUAAGCAACAGCAGCACUACAUGAAAAAAGGCAAGAGACCUCUGAGGGAGAUUCGCAAAGAUGCUAAUCUGGUUGAGGCACAGGAGUCAGGAGGAGAGGCCAAUAAAAAGGAAUAUAUGGAGGAACCUCUUUGGUACACAGAGCCCAUCUCUGAGUACUUUGUCCCCCUCAGCAGAAGCAAACUGGAGACAAAGUAUAGAAGUAAAGACGACUCCACCAAUGACUUGGAUAUGUCCAUUGAUGUGGACUGUCUGUCAGAGAGAAUUCAAGGAAUAUGCAUUGCAAAUUCUUUCCAAAGGGCGUACCUUGCGGCAGGCACUUUUGUGGAUGGGCACUUUAUCGAAAUGCCCGGUGAAGGUGAUGAAGAGUGUACUGAACUGAAUGGGAUUCUGUGCUGCCCUCCUCCUGAAGAUGGUCAAGAUAUAGAUGACAAGCAUCUGUCUGAAUUCACUCACUUCUAUGAAGUUGAUCUUUAUCAAUCCAUAAUGGAUCCUAGUGCCUCCGAUGCGGUACAAGAAAGUCGAAUCUUGAACAUGAUUCAUCAGAAGAGCAUUGAGCGAAAACACUUUGAAGCGGGGUGUGUAGUUUUAGAUGGCCUUGAGCUGCAAGAGGAAAGUGCAAUAAGGGUGGAUUCUCUGGGAGCCUCAGAAGCUGAUACUUCUUUCACACAAGAUAUGGAAAACAUUGCUCAAGUGUGGGAGUGUUGUUCAUCAUCUAGUUUGGAGGAUUUGGAGGGAGAAAGUUGUACAGGCGACUCUCCUGUCAGACUCUCCCCUUUGUUGGACAGUGGUCCGUUUAACUUUAGAAAGCUGUCCGGAGCUUUCGCAGGGCCUCAUCUCCAAGAAGCCAGUGGUAGCAUCUCUGCCCUGAACUCCUGCUUUUCACUUUUUGAGUUGCAGUACGAUAGCCCUACUUUUUCUUUCCCCAGUGACUCGCUCACAGGGGGUCAGGACAAUGUAGACUCAAGUAGCUGUUUAGAUCCACAAGGCAACAAACAAUCGCGUUUGCUAAUUUGGACCAAAAACAGUGCCUUCGAUGAAACGGAACACUGCUCCAAUUUAUCAACGAGGACCUGCAGUCCGUGGUCCCACUCAGAAGAGACGCGAUCAGAUAGUGAGCAGAUCGGUCCUCCAGCGGAUGAGUGCGCACAGUUUGGUAAUGAAGAGGUCAGUUGUAUUCCCCUUAUUCCACCUUCAUGUCUAGAGGAGGACCUUUUGGAUUUCUUGCAGGAGAACUCAAGUCACCAGCAAGGAGAACAGAGUAUAGGCACAGAGUCCAACCAGCCGUUCAAUAAGAAAUCGAAAUUGGAGUCUAUUUGUGGGAUCGCAUUAGAGCAGGAUGAGAGUAAACUGUAUAAUGCUGUUGUGUUUUCAGAUGUCCCAAAUCAACAAACUGAUGAAUACACCUCAGGGAUCAUAAAAGAUAUUUGGAUGGCUAUUGGAGACAGAGACUGUGUCUUAACACUUGGAGUGAAGAACACAGGAGAACACUUGUUUUCCGAGGAGGCUGCUGGCUACCAGUGCAGUUGUCUUGACAAGGAUGUAAAAGGCGAAAUCAUUCAGAAGAAGGCUGUGCAGCGUUCAGAAUAUCAUCUUUGGGAUGAGCAGAAAAACGAUGAGGGCCUUUGUAAAAACAAGCUGUCUAAAAUGGAUGGGGAUUAUACAACACCGUCCAAGCCCUGGAAUUGUAGUUCACAGGACAGCACAUCAUUUAUCCUCGGAGGGGUCUAUGGAGAGCUGAAGACUCUAAGUGGUGACAGGGAAUGGGCUAUGAUUCCACCCAGCGAUGCUUGUGAGAGUUUGUUGCAGUGUGCAGCAGCCACAUCCUCUGAUAUGGUAACCUUUGCUGGGGCAGACGUGUUCAUGAACCCAAGCAGUUGCUUUGCUCCUGGCCACAAGCCAUUGUGGAGACCACUUGUGUCCCUCGGUCAAAACGAGCAGGCCACCAAAGGACCAGGGGAUGGUUUGAAUAAGGGAUUUUCUGUCGUCUUCCAUGAAGAUUUACUUGGAUCAUGUGGAGGCUUCCGUGGAGAAGAACCGGGACUAGAAUACCCGUUUUCAUCCUUUGAUCUAAACAACCCUUUUUCCCAGGUCCUACAUGUGGAGUGCUCUUUUGAACCAGAGGAUAUGGCUUCGUUCAGCCCGGGAUUCAAGCCAAAAUCCAUUUUAUGCUCCGACUCGGACAACGAGCCCUUUUGCCCUUGGUUAUAUGGCAUCAACCGGACUCAGUAUCGGGCCAUUCGAAUUUCCCCAAGGACUCAUUUCCGGCCAAUAUCUGCCUCGGAGUUGUCUCCAGGUGGAUGCAGCGAGUCAGAUGUUGAGUCGGAGAAAGAGGAAGUGAGUCUUCCAGUCGGUCAGGUAGACCUCUUUGAUGACCCACAGGCUGACCUCAAGCCCCUCGAGGAGGAUGCAGAGUGUGAGGGUCCUUAUUAUGGGAAAUCGGAAUUAGAGUCUGGGAAGUUCUUACCCAAAUUAAAGAAGUCUGGCAUGGAGAAGAGUGCCCAGACAUCGCUCGAUUCGCAGGAAGGUGGCAACACCCUGCUGCCCAGUACUGAACAAGAGAUUUGCGAACAUUGCGAGACGGCAGCAGUGUCUGAGUUGCAUUCUCAUGUGCAUUCCUCUGUUUUUCAACAAGAGGAAUCUUUCAGAGAGACAGAGUCUUGCAAAUCUGUUGCAACUGAUCAUAUUCCAAAAAGUGGGAAGUCAUUGGAUGGGGUUCAAGAUAUGCAUGAGUUUCCUCUGUUGAACUUGGGAGAGCAGUGCUUAACUAAUAUACAGCAUGAGGAGUACUGGUGGCAAAGUACUCUGUGUUCUCCUAUGUUUCCAGGUUCUCAGUGCAGAGGAAGCAGUAAUGUAUAAAUCGUCUGCUGAACACCAAGGCAUAAUAAUGCCGGUUUUCUCACAUCACCUUCAACCAUAAUCCAGAGGAGGACCCUCAUAAAAACAGCAACCUCAGGGCCCAUGGGCUCAUAUUUACCCACACUGUCCUAAACCCUGUUAAUCCUCAGUCAAUUCACCUGAAACAGCAUAUCAGUUUAGAGGAAAAACAUGGCAAUAGGUUGGAUGUGCAGUUAGAUGAUUUUGUUCAACAGCAUUUAUUAUAGACUUGUUUUCAGUCUGCUAAUUCCAAGGUUGAUCAAUUUCGAAGAGAGUACAAAAGGCAUAGUUAAGCAUUAAGAAUGUUCUUUCAUUUACCCCUUAUAGAUUUUAGCUUCUAUUUUAUGUUUGAUCAAGGAUUCACUAUAGCUGUGGUCCUACUGAUUGUGCAUGUGCUUGUGAACCUAGUCUCAGUCUUUCUAAUAGCAUAAGUUUCUGUGACCUAACUAUGAAUACUCAGAAAUCUGGUUGAAAGCACUACGAUUGCAAAAUCCCCAGAUCCCAUUUAGUUUGAUUUUUGUCUUUUUUUUGUAAAAUUUGAGAGUUGUGUGAGGUUUGGUGUGCUAAAGAAAAAAGUGCUGUUGAGCCCCUCCAUGCACACUUUUCUGUGCUGUUUUGCAUUAACUUGCAUUAAUCUGAUGGUGUCCCCAUUACAUGUUGCUUUGAGAGGAUGCUAAGGAAUAAAGCAGGAUUGGAUUUUUACAAGCUCAACAAUACAAAAGGCAAAACGAACAACAGAGAGCUGAUAUAAAGCAAAGGGUUAAUGCACAAAUAGAUCUCUUGCAAGGCUAUAUUUCCUUUAAAGUUACUUGCAUUGCUUAAGUAUACAUCCUAAUACAGCCAUUGUGAUUGACACCAAACCUUUUUUAUAUUCAAUCCUGAAGUGGGUGAAAUAAAUGGCUAAACAAUUCAAAUCCAUCAAAGAAUAGUUGCAAUAUCAAUAUUGUUCCAAAUCUUUAAACAGUUUAAUAUUUGUAAGUAUUUGUGCAGUUAUCAUUAAAAACUAUUACACACAAGAGUGCACAUAGAGGUUUAUAAGCUAUAUAUAAUUUUAUAGAGUGAAGCAAAGAUUGGUUUGUAGGUUUCCCUGUAAAUUUUUAUUUUCCAAAACAGGAGUGACUACCCAAUUAUUAAUUCUGUAGCUUUAUUUAACCACGAAAAGUGCAUACAAGUGUUUCCAGUAGGGUCCAGAAAAGAGAAUUGCUUAAAGAAUAUUUCAUGUACUUUUUCUCCACUUGUACCAGAAGUCUGUGGCGGUUUCAGUGUACUGAUGCAUUAUACUCGCAGCAAAAGUACCUAGCAAGAUGUAAAACAGAGGGGUAGAUUAAGCAAUAUAUUUUGGCACACCAUAACUCUACAACCUUCUAAAAUCUUUUGUUAUAUGCGAAUAGAAACACAAAUUACAUUGUUUCUGAGAACUGGUAGAUUUCUUUCUAUUCACCCUUUUUGCAGUGAAUGAGGACUAAACUGCUCUGUAGGUAUUUUUAGUGACAGGGGAAAGAAAGGUGGCAGGGAUGUAGUGUUACCCUUUUACGUUUGCAUAAAGAAUGCUGUUUGGUUUGAAAAGUUCAAGAUUCUUCACUAUAAGUCUUGUCAUUUUCAUAAUGAAGAAACUAAAUCCGGUCCAUACUAGUAUUGUACUUCAUUAUUUUGGCAUAUUCACUUCGAUUACCUUUCACACAAUGAGAGGAUUUCUCCAUGUUUAGCCUGCCAUCUGCUGGCUUUAAGAUGUUCUAUCAGUUCUUUCCAGUUUAUUUUUUGUUACAGAUGUAUCUAUUUGAAAAUGUUACACGUAUACUGCAUAAGCAGAUUGUAAAUGGUGUGACGUGUGCAUUUACAAGUUGAACCGUAAAAGCUGGGACUUUGGGAACCAGAAAAAAUUUAAUUUCCAAAAGCACCUUUGAUGUUUGUUUUUCUUUUAUUUAAACUUUUGGUAUGCAGGUUUUUUCCUAGAUAUGUGGGCCUAACAAAAGCUAAUUAUUAGGAUACGCAGAUGCUGCUGCUUCCACAUACACAUACAAACUGCUUGUGGAUUGGUAGAGCAUUACUUGCAAAUAUUUUCAGAGUCAAUCUGACAAAAAAAAUCAAAAAUUUAUUUGUCAACAUUUACCAAAACAAUUUUUUUUAAAUUACCUUUAUUUGUAACCUUACUUGGCAGAAGCGUUUUGUUUUGUUGUAACAUCAGAUUUCAUUAAAAAAAAGGGGUCACUGUUGCCUAUAUCCCAUUGCAAGUGAAAACAUGAAGAGGAAGGUUUUUGAGUUACAAACUAAGCCCUUGUGUUUUGUAUGAGCCAGGUUAAAUUGGAUUGUUUAACUUUUUAUUUGCUUCAUGUGGUUAUGGGAGUGUGAUGUCUUGGAUCAUAAUAUCAAAUCUUUACAUAUGUGUAGUGAUUGAAGCCUUGUUGGAUGGCACAAAGGAGUUGUUUUACUAUAUGCUAUACAGCAAAGGUUUAUGGAUACCUUAAAUUGCUUUUUCUUUGACAAAUGACAUUAAAUUGUAGUUUACGUUUUCCAAACUCAGUAAUUGCGAUUCCAAAAUCCAGUUGGUAUUUCUUUCACUAUUAAUACUUGCUCUCUAAAACAUUUUGGGAUAAAGGUUUCCAUCCUCUGAAGUAGACAAUCCUCUGUGUUGUUAUUCUUUCAAGGGGUUGUUUUAGGGUGGAUGGGUGAUGGAGGACAAAAACCUUUUCAAUUUAUGUAUGUUGAGGGGCAGAAAUUAUAAAUAUGUGCGAUAAUACAAAACCAUAUGUAGAGCAAUUAAAGUUAAAGAUUUGCAAUAAAGUUCCUCUCUGAUUAACUUGAUGAACAUUUUAAAAUGUUUGAAUAAACUUUACAAAAAAAGAGUGAAACACCGUUUUAUUUUAAGUGCGUGUGUGUGUGUGGGGAGGCGUUGUUGGCGAAAGACCUUAAUACUCAUGUCAGUGGGAGAGUAAAAAUUGCAUUCAUUUGUCAUCUUGUUUUCCGAGAUUUUGGUUUGAUUGUGUAUUUUGAAAGGUAGUGCCAUCAGUGUGUUCUGAGAGGACAGCUGUUAAGUCUGCACUUACAGUUUUAAGUUUUGAUUGCAACGUUGUGUAGCUUUUAGUACUGAAUUCUUUCCUCAUUUCCUCUCUGUAACAGCUUCCUAAUUGGAGCCCAACCCUGUAUAUUUUCUCUCAAAACAUGAUCAAAUUCAUCACACCCCAGACACGAAGUUGGUUGCAUUGUUCAAAUGCAAUGUACAUCAGAGUACAUCAUUUUGUUUCAUGUGAAGUUCAAAACCUUUAAUAAACAUUAAAAAAGUUUA